GCCAGUCAGCCUCCUAUCUCAGCUUAGGAGCCUCUCGGCAUUCCCGUGGAUGCUGAGAUCGAAGCAUCUGUGACUCUCGGAUCUGCGUGCACGUUACCUUGUCUUCUCCGAUACUUCAGCGCGUGUUGUCAUGGCGAUCAGUUAGCCUGAGUGAUCGUGCCGACCGGCACUAGGUUCACCAUUCAACUGACAUCAACUGGUGCUCUAGGCUCAAACUGGUCACAUAGUCCACUUUAUUCUCGCCGUCUUACCUUGUCCGCCACUAGCUGUGCGCCUGGAUUGAAUAGCUUCCACAGAUCGUCACCUAGCUCCGCUAUUCGGCCAGAGGGUGGUAGAUUAAGGUUAGAUCAACGCGUACGAGAUGGAGGUAUUGAACAGAUUAAAGCUGCUGGACGCGUAUCCGAAGAUCAACGAGGACUUCUACAGCCGUACGCUGUCCGGGGGAAUCAUCACCCUCGUUUCAUCUGUCAUCAUGACGCUGCUGUUCGUCACUGAGCUCCAGAUCUUCCUCCGGCCAUCAGUGGUGAACGAGCUGUCGGUGGACAUGUCACGGGGAGAGACGAUGAGAAUCAAUUUGGAUGUGACCUUUCCGCACCUUGGCUGCGCCAUUCUCAGUCUGGACGCCAUGGAUAUCAGCGGGGACCAACACCUGGACGUGGUGCACAACGUGUACAAACGCCGACUGGGGAAGGACGGGCGCCCCAUAGAGGCACAAGGGACGAAGCACGAGGUGGGGGAGAAGCACGAGCCGGUGAAGAUAAAGGACAAGCACGGAGAGGAGGUGGAUGAGAAGCUGGAAAACUUCUGCGGCAGUUGCUACGGUGCUGAAGAGCACGAGCAUGACUGCUGCAACACGUGUGACGAAGUGAGGGAGGCGUAUCGCAAGAGAGGCUGGGCGUUCACCAACCCAGACUCAAUUUCCCAGUGCAAGAAGGAAGGCUUCAGUGAGGCCAUCAAGGCGCAGGAAGGCGAGGGGUGCAACAUGUAUGGCUUCCUGGAGGUCAACAAGGUUGCAGGGAACUUUCACUUUGCUCCGGGGAAGAGCUUCCAGCAGGCAGGCUUGCACGUGCAUGACCUGAUGCCUUUUCAACACAUGACAUUCAAUGUGUCUCAUGUGAUCAACUCUCUAUCCUUCGGUGCUAAGUUUCCUGGCCUAGUCAACCCCUUGGACGGGGUGAAAUGGUUACAGGAGAAAGACACUGGCAUGUAUCAAUACUUCAUUAAGGUUGUGCCAACGCUGUACACUGACGGCACUAACCACACCAUCUCCACCAAUCAGUUCUCAGUGACCGAGCAUUUCCGGCCAUCGGAAAUGGGGCACAGCCUGCCAGGCGUCUUCUUCUUCUACGAUCUCUCGCCCAUCAAGGUUCGCUUCACAGAGCAACGCACGUCCUUCCUCCACUUCCUCACCAACGUGUGCGCCAUCAUAGGAGGAGUGUUCACUGUGACUGGUAUUGUAGAUGCCGUGGUGUACCACGGACACAAGGCUAUAAAGAAGAAGAUGGAGCUGGGAAAGCUCAACUAAAAGCAUGGCUUUGCUAGAAGUAGAAGGGCAAGUCUACCUCUUACGUGCCAAAUCUGCGAAAUGGUGCCGUUUACACUACAAUAUAUAUUUGGCAAACUCAUCACACAAAAGUGAUGGUCUUGUGCUCCAACAUGUUAAAAGUGGAGCUAUACUCGGUCUGUCAAACAUAUUUGGGUAUGUUUAGUAGACUACAUAGGGCCUUGCCAUAGAGAGACCAACCCACUAGCUAUAUACCCCUGUAUACUCUCAUUCUAGUUA